CUUCUUGAGUGAUGCAGGCACGGGCACAUAGCGAGCUGGCUUGCGCCGUGGCAUGAGCCCAGCUGCCAGCGGAUCCGACCGACUUGGCGCGAGAAAUUUGGAAAGGAGGAUCGGUGGUGGCAUGGAGGAGCUUGAACUGACGCCUAGCUCGCUCUUCAGGCUGCUCAGAGCACCCACAGAUCCGCCAAGUGAUGCUCAAGCAUACCGCAAGAUUGACAUUGCUUGGCAUGCCUGGCAGAGCGAUAGACUCGUCCUGCCGCGCAAGGCAGUCUUUCUGACGAAAUGGCUCCUCGAAGGCCUGCUGAAGCAGCGACAGAGCUCCAAGCCUGAAGAAUCGCUGCUCUCGCCUCGCCAUUGGCGUUUGCUCGUCACUCUGCUACCCUCUGUCGACGCGGAUGCUCGUCAGUCGCUCCUCUUGCAGAUCCCAUUCGUACCUAUCCUCGACAGCUUGCUUGCCUCCGCUACAUGUGCUGACGCUAUAGCCACCGACGCUCUCCUCGUCGCGCAAGACUUGCUGCCCUCUGCAACGACCAAGACGACGUUCGAAGUUCCCUCGACAGCCUACGCUGCUGCCAUUGCUUACCUUGCACGGCCGACUCAAGGGGAGAACAUGCAUGCUCUAGCGCUCAUGAUCGUUCGCGAGUGGAGCGCAGCCAUCGAAGCAAAGGCGGCCCACAAGAAAGCGUUCAGCCUUUUCAUCGCAAAGGCCAAUCUUGCUGCAUUCAUUGCUGCAUAUGGGACGAGCGACACCGAUACCCAAGUCGUGCUCUCCGAAUCCGCAUCCGCUGCGUUGUUCAAUACUGUGCAAAUGCAAAGAGCCCCAGCGAAUGCGACCACCACAUCGCCUGCCAAUGCACACGAUAUCGUCACCGCACUGGCUGCUUUGGAAUUGGACGGCCUGCGUAUCUUGCCGAUCAUGAUGAGACUCUAUACGGAAUCACUCAAGAACAACGCGACAGCCUUGUUCGGCCAGCAACGCGCAACGCUUCUGGGACCUGCUCAGUCCCAGUCUGCCCUCGAAGUCGCCACGCUGUUCAAGAUUCGAUCUCACGCUUUUGCGUUCAUGGAACUCGUCACUAGUGCACUUGGCCAGCAUCGCAUGGAUGCAGUAGCGGAAUCCUACCUGGUUUGCGUCGGAGUCUUGCAACAACAUGCGCUCUAUAUCGUCGCAUACGGCGAAGAAGAACGAUCCUGGUUUGAUUGCCUACAGCGCAUAGCUCGAAAAUGUCUCGACUGCGCAGAAUCAGAUCACACAGUAUCGAUAGAAGCCGUACAGCUCUUCAGACAGAUUAUGCGACUUGAUUUUGCAAUCACGGCCGACAUGAUUGGCCCUUUCCUGACCACGCUGGCCGGUGCAUCUGAUCUAUCAGAAAUCGUCUGGCUUACACUCAAGGACGCGAUGAACUACUACGUGAAGACAAAGCAGCUAGGCGAUUGUCUAAGUCUGACUGAAGAACUCUUGCAGACGGCGUAUAGAGAGGACAUGGCGAAUGGUAUCUAUGCCUCUGUCGAGAUGGAUGUCUUCAUAAGAGACGCCAUCGCCGCUCGAGGACCCAACGAAGGAACAGUUGUCGUACUGCAAGGCCUCUUGGCGAAACACGCUGCCGCUGCAACGCCCGCACGAGUUUCACAGCCGCCGAGGAAGAAGCGAAGAUCUGAUUCUGCCCAAUCAGCCAUAUCUCUUGUACAGCACCACGCUUUGUGCAGACUCACAAGCGUCUUUAUCGUCCAUGCGAAGUUACAGAAGAGUCAGGAGAUGCCCUUUGUGCAAUUGCUUGCUUCGCAUGCAAGAGAGAUCCUUGCGCCCUCGCUGGCGCAGCCGAACCCGUCGCCGAACGAGCUUGCCAGGCUCGAAAGCACAGCCAGACUGGGACUUGCAAUCUCUAGACGUCUGGCAAGCGGAAGGGCUGCAGGACUGCACAGCAUUGAUGUCUCGACCGAUCUCACUAUCGACGAGACCGUACAGAUAGCCGCCGUGACGGAGCUGUCCGCAUCGUCUCCAUCAGUAGAUCAUCACCUACUCAGCCUAGCACUGGAGAUUCGCACAAGUAUCAAGCAAGUAGCCGGCAUCCUGUCAGCUGUUUUAGAGAAGCUCGCGCGAUCGCCGCGGGCAUCUUCUCUGUGGCAGCUCGCGCGCAUGAACGUUGACCUCAUCGAGCCUGAGGCGCAGCUGACCGGACUCUAUGCUCUCGCUCUUGCCAAUGCUCUCACACAGGCGGCUGAUCGCCGGAUCGAGCUGCUAGACGCCGAACUGCAAGAGCGACCGAGGCUGCGCGAUGCGCUAUGCAAGCAGCUCGAGCAGCUGGCUCUCGCCGCACCCGAGCAGCAGCUGUUUCGUCUAUUGCAGUCCCUGCAAGCCCUAUCCAUUGGCUAUUUGACGCUGGCAGCUCGCCGAACACUGCUGCAAGUGACAUUCCGUCUCACCGCGACGUAUGCCGGAUCGGACAAUGAGAUCCUUUAUGGCUUCGUACGACAUGCCAUCACGCUUGAUGGCGCUGUCGAUAAUUUGCUCGCAUCUCAAACGUUCCUCACAAGCUUGGCGAAACGACCUUCUAGGUUACAUGACCAAGGCAGGGUCAUUCCGAAUCUGGCGAGUACCGUCCGAGCAAUCGCUACAGCAUGCAUUCGGCAUGCGACCGAUGCGGAGAACAACGAUCUCGUCGUCGCAGUCGGCAUUCUAGCUUCAACAUGCAAAAGUUUGUCAGCUUCCCAGCUUUCUGCAGCAUUCCUUGACUACGCUGGUAUCCUGCUCGUAACCUUGCACGAGCAGGAGCCCCGAAAGAGCCAAGGGCAAAGUGAUGCAACACGGCGCGGCUGCCUCGAGCUAGCGUCCAGCAUCGUCUCGCGCGCCGAAAUCAUUCCGGAAGAUGCUACUGAGCACAUGCCGACGCCUAUGAUCGAUUGCUACUGCUCUGCACUGCAAUUGUUGCGUCGGGAGGAGCUUUCCAGCUCCUGUGCAGGUACGAUCGCAACACGACUGCUGACUUCUUUGGUACGCAAAGGUCCAGGACACCACAAUGAGCUGCGACUGCCUGCAAUUUUCCGCCUUUUUGUGAGUAUGCACCUUGCUGCUACAAGUGGCGCCAAGAGCGCAAAGGCGAACGGAGGCGAUGGCCUUUGCAUCAUGACAGCAGCAUUGAUCGCCGUUUCCGCCGGCCAUAGCAACGUUGCUCCUGCCCUGGAGGCAGUCCUGGCCGCGGCAAUUCGUGCCGCCCAGCCCAUAUCGAUCUCGCGGUCUCUGGAUCUGCUCGCCGAACUGAUCGAUAACGAGUCACGGCCAGUGACGCCAGCCUGCCUUACAGCUGCGCAGCUGUACGUGGCGAUAUUGAAGGAGGUGCCAGAAGAUGCUUCGAAAGUCGUCUAUAUUCAUGCAAGUCGCUUCCUGUCGCAAUGUCGCGCCCUCUUGAGCGACGAUUGCCUCAAGACGACAGGCGACUUAUCGGUAAUUACGCGCUGUAUCGAAGCGACUCUGAUCGUCUCAAUUGAGCGCCUUCGCGCCACAGACAUUUCCGUCGUCUUCAGCUCGCUGCUGCGUAUAUUCGAGUACCGCAUCGCCGAUGACGGUCUGGCUCACGGUCGGAGAAUUCUGCGGGACAUUCUCGAAUCGCUUCUGACAAUGACCAGAAAUCGUGCGGAUGUUGUCAAGACGCACUUUCCUCUCGUCGUGCUCGUCCUAUCCCAUCUAUUCCAGAUAGGUCGACUGUCAGGAGUGACUCCUGGCAGCGCAAUGAUUGGUCUGGACGUACCGAUCUGGGCCUCGGGCGACGCCGCUAUAUUCAGCGAUGGAAAUGCGCGUCGCCUUGCAUGCUUUCUUACAGCACUCACUUCACGUGGAACGCGAGCAAGAGGCGACAAGCUGCGCAAGGGCGAGGGUAGGAAUGACGAUCUCAGUGCUCCAAUGUCCAAGCAUUCGCCUUUUGUUCUCUAUCAUUUCCUCAAAGCGUCGACCGCAAGUCAAGCAGCCAUUUCUCCCAGCCUACGCGCCGAGCUUAUGCCCGGAUUCGUCGAGGUCUUGGCCGUCAUGGGCAAGCAUGAACGCGAUGCUUUGAUGGCGGGAUUUCUCAGAACGGAGGAUGAAGCAGAGAGAACCUUGCUACGACAGAUGCUCGUCGACUUUGAGCGAGAGCGCUAUACCGGCUAGCAGGCUAGUCGGACAGCAUUUGCUAUUGUUGUCACUACAUGCUACAACAGGUCAUAAGUCUAUCGAGAGCCAAUAAAAGUCUGGGCGCGCUUGCCCCGCGGUCUGCUGC